UUGAAAAUAAAAGUUUUAAGAAUUUCUCAAAUGUAUAUAUUUAAUAUACGUAGCAGUGCUGCCAGAUGUUUUAGUCAUUUCGCGUUCCCAUAACAGCAAUAAGAACAACAACAACAACAACAACAACAACAACAACAACAACGACAACGACAACAACAUUAAAUUAACAACAAAUAAUUGUAUUCCUUAUUUCCGAUAAAAUUUAAUAGCGUAUCGACAUCUUGAUUGUUUGCGUAUACGAACGUGUUUUGUUUUUGUAAACUUUAAACUUCGCCUCUGCCGCCACAUAGUACAAAAAACAAAUAAUAGCAAAAUAAUAAAAUUAGUUUCAGUAACAAUCUGCUGCUUGUCGUAACAACUUUUUUAAGUGUUCUCCCCCGUAUAAUAAAAAAGUUCAUCAUCAAGUGUUGGCGAAAGAAAAACGAAGAAAAUGUCAGCAAUAAAUAAUCGUAAUCAAAAGAUGGAACAACAGCGCCAGUUAAUGGAAGCUUAUAUAAAACAAAAACGUGCCUCGCCAGGUAUGGUACAAGCCAGCGACUUACAAAUAAAUCGUCCAAUGUCAGGUAUAAAGACAAAUAAUCGCGAAUUGCACGCCUAUGAUGGGCCAAUGCAAUUUAUGAGUUCAUUGCAAAAUCCUGAUCAAGUUAUUACCGGCAGCAAUUCAGCGAUAAAUCAAAGCAAACACAUCGCCAAUAAUUCGAAACAUUUGAAAACGCCAAAUCGCAUUAACACAAAUCAGCCGAAAGAUAUAAUUGAAGAUAUUUCCACCUAUGAUUUAGAAGAUGAGGAAAGUAGCCCUAUAGUGAUGAUGUGUACAAAAUUAGAAACACCACAACAUCAUAAAAACGAAAGUCAUUCCGCGGGCUCAUCACAUUUACCUCAACCUAGAUCGAGGCAGCAGUCUUUCGACGAAACUCUCGAUGAUGAGGACUACACUAAUCAAAAUAAUAUUGCACAAGCAGCUCCAAUAAUGCCAGCGAAGCAUUUAACGACGCCCAAUAAUAGCCAAGCAGGCAAUUCGACGAGUGUAGACAGUAUAGGGUCUCAAGACAAUCAGGAACCUGAAGGCGAAAUAAUCGGCAAUAUUGAGCAAUUUGUUACACAGCCAGCCGUUCAAUCUGUUUUGUAUAAAUGUCGUAUUACCCGCGAUCGGAAAGGCAUGGACAGAGGUCUAUUUCCAAUAUAUUAUUUACAUUUGGAACGUGAUUACGGUAAAAAGAUAUUUUUAUUGGGUGGACGCAAACGCAAAAAGAGCAAAACCUCCAAUUAUAUUAUUAGUUGCGAUCCAACCGAUCUCUCACGUAGUGCCGAAGGUUUCUGCGGUAAACUAAGAUCAAAUGUGUUCGGUACUUCAUUUACAGUCUACGAUAACGGGAGCAAAGAUGGGACAGAAAAUCCACGUUCAGAUUUGGCUGUCAUUAUUUAUGACACCAAUAUAUUGGGUUUCAAAGGGCCGCGUAAUAUGACUGUCAUAUUGCCUGGUAUGACCGAAGAUGAUCAACGAGUUAAAAUUAGUUCAUCGGAUCCCAAGCAACAAGGCAUCAUGGAUUUGUGGAAGAGUAAAAAUAUGGACAAUAUCGUUGAAUUACAUAAUAAAACACCGGUUUGGAACGAUGAAACUCAGUCAUAUGUUUUGAAUUUUCAUGGCCGUGUAACACAAGCGUCAGUAAAAAAUUUCCAAUUAGUUCACGAUUCUGAUCCGGAGUAUAUUGUAAUGCAAUUCGGCCGCACCUCGGAGGAUCUAUUCACGAUGGAUUACCGUUAUCCAUUGUGCGCUCUACAAGCGUUUGCCAUUGCUCUGAGUAGUUUUGAUGGUAAAAUAGCUUGUGAAUGAAUAGGAGAAGAAAAUCGCGUACACUAUAACGACAAAUAAGAAUCGAGAUUUUACGAACACCGGCAAUGCAAACUUUUUAUUUAUUUGGCCCUAUGAAUAAUGGAUUAAAAAAUUUAACGUCAACGAACAUGAAACGCUUUAAGACCACUUUUGGAUUAUUAAGUCACUCCACAAACUUUUCAAAGAAAGAUAAAAAAGUUUUAACUUAGAAUGUCCGCUAGAAAAACACUCACGCAUUUUCCUUUCAACUUGAAGUUCUUUUUUUAAAAUUGUCUUCAUCUAAAACACUUUCCCGUAAUGAUAAUAAGAACUCUAAGAUUUUAGACACCUUUGCUUUUGAAGACUAAGUGGGGUUAAGUUUAAUAAUGAAUUUCUCUUUUAUGCUCGUUCAUCCUCAGUAAAACAACCGAAUCUGGACCUAAUCACAGCCUUGGAAGGAUGAGAGGAUACUAAAUGUAAUCGUCCGUUUACGAUGUUCUCUGUCGAAUCUAUUACGAUUGUCUGCCGGGUGUUUGCCUUCGUAGUGCUUAAAAGUUACAAAAUUUCAAACAAGCCAAUGAUUCUCAGUCGCCGGACAAACCUAACCUUUCUACAGGUGCAGGAUUUCUCAAGUAUAAACCUUCUACUUAAAUGGGGUUAACACUGUCCAGGAUCAUCUAAAAGUAUUUACAUAGCUUUGAUCGAACAUAAUGGCAUGUUUAUUAUAAGAACUUUGAAAUUUGUGAUUGAAACCAGCAUUAAGAAGAGUUUCGCUCCAACAUGGAGAUAAUUAUCUUCUUUGAGUUUUCUUUGACCUAAUUCCCUUAGACUUCAUACAUUGUUAUUGUUACUAUAGUGUUUGGAUUUCUUUAGAUCAACGAGAUAAAUUCUGGAAUUAAACGAAAAAACUAGGUGUUUCCAGUUACUAUAAGACUGCACUGUCGCCAAUCUUGACAAAUUAAAAAAUAAAUGCUCCUAGACGUUUAAAAAAAAGGGGUUGCGUUCUGCAACAACUUUCAAAGGGCGAUUUCGGAUUGACAAAAAAGCUUUCUCAGUCAGAAAGUAGGCGAUUUAUUAAAAUAUUGUGUCUAUAAAUCUUAGUGUUUUAAUUUUCUUCAGCUGAAUAUAGCAGUGGAAUAUGGUUAGGGUCAACGUAGAGGUAGUAUAAACCAAAUUUUUCUUUAACUUAUCUUCCGAUAUAUCUCUGAGGAUUUACUUUUCCCAUAAUAUCGUUCGCAACUAAUGGUACGAUGCCUCACUUUGUUGACGGCAUACCACUGAAAUUUGAUAAAUUUCGGAUAGCUUUUGUUAUCGAAAGCCUAUAUGAAAUCACAAUAGUUAUAAUUGAUCUGAUCUAUUAUCAAUUGGUAUAAGUAUAAAAUAUUAAUGAGAACGAAACUUUACAUAUCUCCUCAAACAAAUGAGAUGUCCUCGUCUGAUUAAUACGAUUAACACUAUUUGACUUAGAAAUAUUUACUCCGGAAGGUCUUUUAAGAAUACACAAUAAUUAUGCUCUGAAUGGAAAAAAGUACAUACUGAUGAAGUUCGAGUUUGAAUGUCUACCAGAGUUUACCAACCCACUUUUUAAUUCAGGACUAAUUUCUAAAUUUUAAACCUUCUUAGUCAAUAUUGCUUACUGAAUUUUGGUUUCAUUCCGAAACUAUAGAAACCAGCGCCAGUCACUUCCCUUUUCUCACCCAUGUCCGCCGCCUUCGACUAUCGUCUCCUACACAGUAAAAACAGCGCCAUUUAUGGAUCGCCCACCGCUGCUUGCCCUUCUGUCAUGUAUUGUGUAAGCUGCAGUGUUUACGGAAUGGUUGAAUUUUAUUUCGCCAGAGCGUGCAAAAUUUGUUUACCUAAUUUUUCAAAUAAUGGCCUCUGACUCAGGCAUGUCUGCUGCCUUUUGCUAUCGUCUCUUAUAUAAUGAAAACAGCGCAAUUUAUGGAUCGCCCACUGCUGCUUACUCUUUUAUCAUUUACUGUAGAAGCCGCAGCGUUUAUGGAAUGAUGGAAUUUUAUUUCGCGAAAGGGUGCAAAAUGUUUUUGCCUAAUGUUUCCAACUUU